AUGUCUGCUGAGGAGCACCAAGCAUCGCAUCGGACCCGACUGGCCAAGCUCUGGAUCCCGUCGUUAGUGGCGGUCUUGAUGGCCGCAUUCUGGUACCACCGAGGUCGGCCCGGGCACGGCGGCGGGGCCCGAGCGGCGCCCAGAUACCUCGUCUCCGGCUCGUUCGCAUCCUCGUCGCUCUACCUGCUCCGGUACGAGCGCGAAGCCCGCCGGCUGGAAGUCGUCCGCUCCGUCCCCGGCCACGGCCCGCAUCAGUACCUCUACAUCGACCGCCCGCGCCACCGCUUGUACGCGACCAGCUGGAGCGAGCCCGCCCGGCUCAGUGCCUGGUCGAUCCUCUCCGAGCAGCCCGGGGGCCCGCCCCGGCUGGCCCUGGUCAACCAGGCUCCCAUCACCGCCGUCUCGUCCUACAUCUCCUCCAAGCAUGGCCUGCUGCUCUCCGUCGGCGGCCCGACCGGCGAAAUCCACAGCCUCGAUCCCCUCACCGGCGCCAUCGGCGAGAAGCGGCAAGAGCUGCUCUUCGUCGCUCGGGAUGCGCUCGAAAACGAGGACAAGUCUCGCAAAGCACUCAGGAACGGAAGCCAUGCGAUCGAAGUGUCUUCGUUGGACCAAGUAUUUGUUCCACAUCUAGGACACAACUCGAUAUGGAUGUAUAAGUUUGACGUGCAGAAGAAGACACUUGAAUUUUCUGCGGAGGUGAAGAGUCUGCACGCGGAGGAUGGGCCUCGACAUGCCGUGAUUAGCGAGGACGGAGAGAGACUUUAUGUGGUCACCGAACACACGUCGAGAGUCGACCUCUACCAAGUGUCCUCCACGGGCCUCGUCCAUCAGGCCUCAUCAUCCAUCCUCGAUCCUCCCCACGAGCACCUGCAAUACCGCGGCGACACGGUCCGAAUCGUGCCCGCCUCCCUCGUCGACCUGCCGCACGAAUACGUCUUCGCGACCACCCGGGGCAUCGAUCCUUCUCGACCGGGCCUCCUGGCGGUCUUUGAGUACAACACCGACACCCAAACGCUCUCUAAUCUUCUGCGCUGGGAAACGCCCACCAGCGGCGGGAAGGCGAACGCCAUCGAGCUCAGUCAUGUCCGCACCGGCCGCAAUGUCCUCGAGCUCGUCCUCACUGACGACCAGCUUGGAGCACUCAGUAUCGUGCAAUGCGACCUCGAUACACUCCAGGUCCAGGUCGUCUCGAGUUGCUUGAUUGAUGAGAUCGGCGUCGGGGCUAGUCAUGCCGUUUGGAUUUAG